AUGGCUCGUUCCUUCUUUCUUACCUCUGCCCUCUUCGCGCUACGCGCUGUGGCUCAGACCUCUACAGCCUUCACGGAUGAGAAGACUGGCAUCAAGUUCCAAGGUAUCGUUGGCGAUACUGGAUACAGACUCGGUUAUGCUAUCCCCGAGACUCCAACAACCGACUUCAUUGCUCAGAUCCAAGCACCCAUCACCAAUGGAGGCGGAUGGGCUGGUCUCAGCAUGGGUCAGUCCAUGACAAGCAACGUCCUCGUUGUUGCUUGGCCCAACGAGGGCAAGGUCCUCUCGUCUUUCCGUCAAAUCGAUGGUUACACCAGCCCGCCUGUCGUCACUGGUAACUUCUCCAUGAAGACGAUUCCCGAUGGCACAUUUGUCACCGACAAGGCCUUCUCAUACACUUUCCUGUGCUCCAAUUGCCUGAGUGACGACUCCUCUCUCGGUCUUGUCAUCUCCGAGACCCUCAACGUCAUGGGCUGGGCCUGGUCAGACAAGGCCUUGACCGAUUCGACCUCGGCUUCUGCUGGCCUCAACUACCACGACGCUGGCUUUGGCGCUUUUGGUCUGAAGAUGUCCGAUGCAAAGAGCGCCGACUUCGCCAAAUGGGCUGCCCUUGCUGUCGGAGAUGCUCCAAGUGGAGGUGCUCCAAGCGGCGGCAACUCCACGGCCCCUGCCCCUGGAGGUAACUCGACUGCGCCUGCACCACUACCUUCAACCCCAAUCUCCGGCAACUCUACUGCUGUUGUCGCAAAUGAGACAUUCGACUACAUCGUUGCAGGAGGUGGUGCAGCUGGAAUUAUCGCCGCUCAGAGGUUUGCAGAGAGCGGCGCUUCGGUCCUCUUGAUCGAGCGCGGUGGUCCUUCAUAUGCCUUUACUGGCGAUGUCAAGACGCUUUCUUGGAACAGCUCUGUCUCCAUGUAUGAUGUGCCCGCAUACGGAUACUACCUCAGCGAUGUCGGUAGCCCUGCUUACUGCACCGACACUGCCGACAUGGCAGGAUGUCUCCUUGGUGGUGGCACUGCUGUCAACGCCAUGAUGUACGUCAAGCCCCAGGAGCGCGACUUCGACGACAAGUGGCCUACUGGCUGGAAGUGGGCCGAUGUCUCCGCUGCUGCUGAACGUCUGUACGAGCGCAACCCUGGACAGACCUACGGCUCCCAGGAUGGUGUCCGCUACGAUGACGGUGCCUUCACUGUUCUGUCCAAGUUCUUUGCUAGCCAGGGAUGGAAGCAGACCGACUUCAUCAAGAACCCCAACAACAAGGUUGAUGUCUUUGGCCACCCAACUUGGAACAUUGCCAAUGGUAUGCGCUCCGGUAGUGUCCGAACUUACCUCCCUCUUGCCAAGAAGCUCGAUAACUUCAAGCUCAUCAUGAACACCAACGUUAUCCGAGCUGUCCGCGAGGGCUCUGCUGUUUCUGGUGUCGAGGUCCAGACUGCCGAUGGCAAGCGCGUCAUCUACAACGUCAAGGCUGGCGGCCGUGUCGUCCUUUCAGCCGGAGCCAUGUCGACUCCUCGCAUCCUUUUCAACUCUGGCAUUGGCCCCGCUGCACAACUCAAGACUGUUGCUACCGGCACCACCGGCGUCAAGCUCCCUGCCGAAGCUGACUGGAUUGACCUCCCUGUCGGAGCAGAGAUCAAGGACCACCCAAUCUUCACCGUCAAGUUCAAGACCAGCUCUCCUCUUGUUGCCACUGACAAGAAGGCCCUCAUCUCUCCCAACCAGACCACCAUUGACCUCUUCGCCAAGGGCUCCGGUAUGCUUGCCGAGUCUGGUCAGCGCCUCAACUGGUGGUCCUCCGUCAAGACAUCCGAUGGCAGUGAAGUCUUCUUCCAAGGUACUUGCAACUCGCCCGAAGACAACACUGUCCAGAUGAAGGUCUACAUCACCCACGGCCUGAAGUCUGUCGGUAGCCUCGGUAUCAACGCCGCUGGCGCAACCACCUUUAUCACCAAGCCCCACAUGACCUCCAAGGUCGACACCGAAGCCAUCACCCUCAUGAUGGACCGUCUCAUCAACAUGUCCAAGAGCUCCAACUCCACCUUGUCCCUCAUCGCCCCUGCCGGCGUCACCAACGUCACCAGCGCCGACCUCAUCAAGUCAUUCAAGUCAGGAAGCCACUACGUCGGCACCGCUAAGAUCGGCACCAAGGGCGAGCCCGGUGUCGUCGUCGACACCAACACAAAGGUCUACGGAACCGACAACCUCUUCGUCGUCGAUGCUUCCAUUCACCCCGAUCUCCCCACCGGAAACACCCAAGCUAUCAUCAUGGUCGCCGCCGAGGCCGCGGCCGCCCGCAUCAUGAAGCUCAGCGGCACCACCCCCAGCACCCCCGUGACCCCAGGCUCCGGCAACAGCACCACUCCCGUACCUGAGACACCAGCUUCGCCCGUCGUCCCAUCUGCUCUCCCUACCUCUGCGCCGGUUGAACUCCCAGAAGCCACUCCAUCCGCCACCCCCAGCGCCCCCGUUGCUUCAGCCCCGGUUGCUUCAGCACCCGCCGCAACACCCUCCCCCGUCGAGUCCGCCACGCCCAUCCCCACCGCGCCUUCCAAGCCUUCAAACCCAGCUACCCCAUCCAAGCCUGCUGGGGCCCCUAAGCCCUCCAAACCCGCCGAAGCUCCUAAGCCCUCCAGCCCAGCUGCUGGCGCCCCUGGUGGUGGUACAGCAGGAAAGUGGGAGCGCUGCGGUGGCAUCGGACACACGGGUCCUACUGCCUGCUCUGACGGCUGGAAGUGCGUCAAGCAGAAUGAUUAUUACUCGCAGUGUCUUUCUGGUUAA